AUGUUAUGCAUUGCUUUCCUCUCUCUCUCUUUCCCUCAAUAUGUUACGCAUUGUUUCCUCACUCUCUCUCUCUCUUUCUCUCUUUCCGUCAAUAUAUUAGGCACUGAUUUCCUCUCUCCUACUUUCCCUCAGUAUGUUAUGCAUUGCUUUCCUCUCUCCCUCUUUCCCUCAAUAUGUUAUACAUUUCUUUCCUCUCUCCCACUUUCCCUCAAUAUGUUAUGCAUUGCUUUCCUCUCCCCCUUUCCCUCAAUAUGUUAUGCAUUGCUUUCUUCUCUCCUCUUUCCAUCAAUAUGUUAUGCAUUGCUUUCCUCUCUCCCUCUUUCCCUCAAUAUGUUAUGCAUUGCUUUCCUCUCUCCCUCUUUCCCUCAAUAUGUUAUACAUUUCUUUCCUCUCUCCCACUUUCCCUCAAUAUGUGUAUCAUACACAACAAUUUCUUUCCUCUCUCCCACUUUCCCUCAAUAUGUUACGCAUUGCUUUCCUCUCUCCCUCUUUCCAUCAAUAUGUUACGCAUUUCUUUCCUCUCUCCCUCUUUCCCUCAAUAUGUUAAGCAUUGCUUUCCUCUCUCCCUCUUUCCCUCAAUAUGUUAUGCAUUGCUUUCCUCUCUCUUUCCCUCAAUAUGUUAUGCAUUGCUUUCCUCUCUCCCUCUUUCCCUCAAUAUGUUACGCACUGCUUUCCUCUCUCUUUCUCUCUCUUUCCCUCAAUAUGUUAUGCAUUGCUUUCCUCUUUCCCUCAAUAUGUUAUGCAUUGCUUUCCUCUUUCCCUCAGUAUGUUAUGCAUUGCUUUCCUCUCUCCCUCUUUCCAUCAAUAUGUUACGCAUUUCUUUCCUCUCUCCCUCUUUCCCUCAAUAUGUUAAGCAUUGCUUUCCUCUCUCCCUCUUUCCCUCAAUAUGUUACGCACUGCUUUCCUCUCUCUUUCUCUCUCUUUCCCUCAAUAUGUUAUGCAUUGCUUUCCUCUUUCCCUCAAUAUGGCUUUUAUUUUAUUCUGGUAUCCUUUAUUCUGUUUUUCUUUAUUUAUCUUUUUUUUCUAUUCGUCGUUUCUUUCUUCGCCUUUUUCCUUCGUUUUUCUUCAUUUUUCUUUCUUUCUUUUACUUUUUUCUUUCUUUUUAUUUUCUUUUUCAUUCUUUCGUUUUUCUUUCUUUUUCUUUCUCAUUUUACUUUUGAUUUUCUUUAUUUUUUCUUUCUUUUUUACUUUCUUUGCCGUCCUUCCUUUUUCUUUCUUUUUCUUUCUACUCAUUUGCUUUCAUUUUCAUUCUUUCUUUUUCUAUCUUUUUACAUUCUUUUUGCUUUUUACUUUUUCAUUCUGUCGUUUUUCUUCGUUUUUCCUUUUUUUGUUUUUCCUUUUUUAUUAUUUCUUUCUUUUUUCUUUCUUUUUCCUUCUUUUUCUUUCCUUAUAUUUUUCUUCUUUUUAAUUUCUUUAUUUCUUUUUCUUUCUUUCUUUCUUUUUUGUUUAUUUUUUUCUUUGUUUCUUUUUGCGUUUCUAUUCCGAUGUACCUCUUAUUUGUCUUUCGUUCUUUCCUUCUUUCUUUCUUUCUUUCUUUUUCUUUCUUUUUUUCUCUUUUCUUUUUUUUUUGUUCCAAUAUUCCUUUCACUAAUCUUUCUUCCUGUCUUCUAUCUCUGUCAGAUUUCAUAUCUAUCUAUCUAUCUAUCUAUCUAUCUAUCUAUCUAUGACUUGAAUUCCUUAUUUUCCACAUAUCUUCAUAGAUUAUGUCGACUUCUUCCUUUCUUAAUAAUUCAUUUCUUUCCAUAUGAAACGGUAAGUGCUGUUACCUUACUUUCUUUCUUUCUUUCUUUCUUUCUUUCUUUCUUUCUUUCCCUGUGCUUAAGCAAUUAUUCUUUCUCUUCUUCUUCACAGAUCAUUUUAUUUUUCGAUGGCAACUGCAACCCAAUUGACGCAAACAGAAUAAUAUUGUAUAUUUCGUAUAUCUAUCUAUCUAUCUAUCUAUCUAUCUAUCUAUCUAGCUAG